AUGAGUUAUAGGAAAGACAACAAACAAAAGUUGCCUUUUGGAUUAGAUUACAAUGAUCUAAAUGUUGUAGUUGACCAAAAGCGAUUUAAGUUACCUCUUCCUAUCAAUGGUCCCUUGAAUAAGCUGGAAAAGGAAAUUGCCAAAGAGUACAUGAACUUUAUGAACAACGUCAAAGAAAGUUCCUUCUACAGCGACCUCAAGGAUGACGAUAUUCAAGGUAUUAAUGAUGGAAUACAACGAUACAGUGACAAAUAUAGGAAAAAGAAGAAGCCAAAUAGACUACUGGCUGAUCAUCCGUUCAUUGUAGAGUUCUUCCCAGAAGAAUUGUAUGAUGUAAUGGGAGUUGACAAUAAGAAGAAGAAAUUGCUUAAGCUUAACAAGACCCAAGAUAACAAGCUUGCUGAAAAUUUGGAAGAUAAACUGAGAAACAUAGAAGAAAAUGAUAAUGCCGUGCUAGACGAAAAUAAUGUCGAGAAGGAGAACGUAGAAGAAGAGUUCGACGACGAAUUUGAGGAGGAUGACGAUGAUGACUAUAAUGCUGAAAAAUACUUCGAUGAUGGAGACGAUGAUUAUGGUGCUGAUGAUGACGAUGAUGAAGCUGCCUUCUAA